GAUGCCGAAGCGCCCCUGCCCGUUCGGGGACUCGGCCCCCCUGCAGCUGAAAACCCGAGUGAGGAUGCGGGAGUUGAGCCAGGGCGUCAUGGGCGAGAGGUACCGGCGGGAAAUUUUCGAAAAAACAAAACAGCUGCUUUUCAGAGGAGCCCAAGCUUACAUGGAUAGCAAGUGGGAUGGAAGCACAGUGGGAGCCUGUCUGAUUGCACAGUAUCCAGCAGCAGGCAGACCGGAAGCAUGUUCUCAGUAUUCUUGCAAUGGACAGAUGUUAAUUGGGCAGGAUGGGAAACUUCGACAGCCCCGCCCAAGAGAAACAGCAAUGGCAGUGGAAGUCUCCAAGCCCUGCUCGUCGUGCGUCAGAGCCAUUGACGUCAAAGAGGCGUGCACGCAGUGUGACCGGCCCGUCUGCGAGAACUGCAGCAAACUCUGCAGCUGCUGUAACGCCGUCGCCUGUUCCUCGUGUUCUGUGAUAGAAUCAGAUGAUGUUGAUGAGCAAAUCCUUUGCAGUGGCUGCUCAACAUUUAAUGCUUGAAGCUCCAGGACUUGUAAAGAAGUGUGUGUGUGUGUGU